CUACAUGUGACAGACCAAAGUGUGUCAUCGCUGGUGUCGAAGUUCAUGGGUAUUCGCCCACUGACGCCUGAACAAAUUGCGGCGGGAGAGCAACGCAGGAAAGAGGGGCGGCUGAAGGGAUUCCGCGAGAAGGAAAAAUUCCCUCAUGACUACAAGUAA